AUGAUGAUUGAGAAUACAGAGGCGGAAAUCGUGGCACUACGGGAAACCAAGCAAUGGACUCCAGAAUUGGAGGAUGAGAUGAGGGAGUUGACUGCUAAAACAACUAAAGACAUUUUACUUAGCAAAUGUGCCUACUACGAUGUGCUCCUUCCAAUCAUGAGCGAUUGUCCUUGCAACGAACCUAUGAACGCAGCUGAAAUCGGUAUAAUCGACUCAGAUUCUAUUGCCAAUACUUCAACACAACGCUCUUUCCCCCCUGUUGAAGAAACCUUAUCAACUCAAUGCACUAGGGGAAAUCAAUCCCAAUCUAUUGAUCUCAACACUUCUAAGGAUAUCAGCAACGAGGAAUUACAUCGAGUUCUUGAGGACAACAACCUAAUGAUUAACAAUGAAGUGGUCCAGCCGAGACCUUCUAAUUCGUCCUCUGUCCAAUGCUCUUCUAGCUCACAAUCUCUUGGUCAAUCAAAGUCCAAUCCACCUGGUACCUUUAGUCCAGCCAACAACCCUUCCAAGAACGAAUUCUCAAGACGCAACUUAGGAGGCUCGGGUAUCUUGAAAUCAAUCCAAUCAUCGUUACCUACUCAAGCGGAUUUCAAAGAAAUGAAUGAAAACAAUAAGGUUGCAAACAAAAAUCAAAAAUUGAUGCUGGAACAAGUAGCCGGAGCGACAUUGGAAGAAGAUUUAACACCAGAGGCGAUAGAAAGGAGACUUGCUAAGAAGAAGAAACAAGAGGAGCUCGAGAUUUUGAAAUUGGAUCGGGAAUUGGCUCAGGAGUGCAGGGCUUUGGAAGACCACAGCCAGGGCGCGGGCCUUUCCAAGCUAGAAUUAGCUUGUGAGAAGAUUUCGAUGAUAGCAAAACUUUUGGCUUCAACGAUUCCUUAUAACGAGGCUGAACGGAUGGCUCAGGCUGCCCUUGAGGAUUUGAAAUAA